GUUUUGGGGCUGCAUAUGGCACGGCAAAGUCAGGCGUGGGUUUAUCAGCGAUGGGUGUAUUGCGUCCUGAUUUAAUUAUGAAGUCCAUAGUACCAAUUGUUAUGGCGGGUAUUAUCGGUAUUUAUGGAUUAGUCGUGGCUGUAUUGAUUUCUGAUGGCCUUAAACAAAAAAUGUCACUAUACACUGGAUUUAUUCAACUCGGCGCAGGCUUAAGCGUCGGUCUCGCAGGGCUCGCCGCCGGAUUCGCAAUCGGAGUUGUAGGUGAUGCAGGUGUACGUGCUACUGCACAGCAACCACGAUUAUAUGUUGGAAUGAUUUUAAUUCUUAUUUUCGCUGAAGUAUUGGGUCUUUAUGGAUUAAUUGUUGGAUUGAUUCUUAAUACCAAAUCUAGUGGUUCUU